CGUGCCCGGGGAGGCUCCGUGUCCCGGGAAGGCUCCGUGUCCCGGGGAGGCUCCGUGUCCCGGGAAGGCUCCGUGUCCCGGGGAGGCUCCGUGUCCCGGGGAGGCUCCGUGCGCUGCUUCCCGUGAGCCGGGACCGGAUUCGCCUUCCCAGGCUCGCCAGCCAAGUGUGGGCAGGCUCCAGGGAAAACUUGGGAGUUGUGCUCUGGCCGUGGGAACGGGGAAAGCUGUGGCUGUGGGGGCUGUCUGGGCACAGCGGGACUUGUUUUUCCACCUUCCCCUUCCCCUCGGGUCCCGUCGGGUGAUGUUUGCCGAGCCCGCAGCCAGGUACGAGAUGUGGUGUGGGGUGUGCCGGGAUCGGGAGCGGCCCGGAGCUCUCCUCCUCUUGCCGGCUCUUUCAUCUCUUUCAUCUCUUUUCUUUUCUGAUUGCUUAAAAUUUUCACCUCAGCUUCUUCCUGGAGGAUUUUCCAGAGCUUUUUAACAUUCCUAACCCCACUGGGAGCGGCUGCCAGAGCCACUCAGUCCCUCAGGGAGAGAGGAGAGAGAAAUCGGGGAGAUCAGCAAACCUGAGGAUGCCAGAGCAUGUGGGAGAGGGCUGGAACGUGACCUGGAGUGUUUCCUCCUAGGGCUAGUGAUGGCAGGAGGCUGGCAUGUGGGUCUGGGAAGGGAAAGGGUUUGGGAUAGAGAUGUGAUGGUGGAAAGGGUUUGGGAUUCAGAUCUGAUGGGAAGGGAAAGGGUUUGGGAUACAGAUCUGAUGGUGGAAGGGGGUUGGGAUACAGAUCUGAUGGUGGAAAGGGUUUGGGAUUCAGAUCUGAUGGUGGAAAGGGUUUGGGAUACAGAUCUGAUCUUGGAAAGGGUUUGGGAUUCAGAUCUGAUCUUGGAAAGGGUUUGGGAUUCAGAUCUGAUGGGAAGGGAAAGGGUUUGGGAUAGAGAUGUGAUGGUGGAAGUGGGUUGGGAUACAGAUCUGAUGGUGGAAAGGGUUUGGGAUUCAGAUCUGAUGAGAAGGGGGUUGGGAUAAAGGUCUGCAGCUCCCUGGGACUGUAAAUAUCCAUCAGGGAGAGGGUCUGUGAAACAAUGGGAUCCUUUAGGGGAGGGAAUGCUCUUCCUAGAGCCAGGAGCUCUGUUUUCUGUCUGGAGAGCUUAAAUCUAGGUUGCUGUGGAAAGGUGGGCAGGGUGACCUGAUUUUUGGUUGCUGGAGUGGAAAGUCCGGUUUUAUCCCAAGGCAGCUCCUCCAGGAUGUGAUCUUUGUGCUUGGCUGCACAAAGGGGUUUGUCUGGGUGGCUGGGCCUCGCCAGGAGGUGUGCAGGGCACUUUGGAGUGCGGUGUUCUGUUCCAGAACAGAACCCUCCUGCCAGCGGAGCUGGGGCUGUUCCCUUUCUGCUUCCCCUGGUUUGUUUUCCAGCCCUCACCUGCCUUUGGCUCCCACCCCUCGCAGCCGUGUGGUGUGAGCAGGGACAGAUCCUGACACUCCCUGUCCUUGCAGGUGGCUGUUCCCCAUCAUCGGCCACAUGGGCAUCUGCACCUCUGCCGGCGUCAUCCGCGACUUCGCGGGGCCCUACUUCGUGUCCGAAGACAACAUGGCAUUUGGGAAACCUGUGAAGUACUGGAAGCUGGAUCCCAGCAAGGUCUAUGCCACUGGUCCCAAUGCCUGGGACACGGCCGUGCACGACGCGUCCGAGGAGUACAAGCACCGCAUGCACAACCUCUGCUGUGACAACUGCCAUUCCCACGUAGCCCUGGCCUUAAACUUGAUGAGAUACGAUAACAGCACCUCGUGGAACAUGGUGAAACUGUGCUUCUUCACACUCCUCUAUGGGAAAUACGUCAGCAUAGGGGGGUUUGUGAAGACCUGGCUGCCCUUUGUGCUCCUUCUGGGGGUGAUUGUGACCGUGGUUCUCACGCUGCACCUGCGGUGAUGGCAGCCCUGAGCACACAGAGGAACAGACUGUGGCUGAUCCAGCGGGAUGGAGCCCUGGGACUCUGGGAGCCUUUUCCAGGGAAGGUGGCAGCCCCACUCCAUCGUGACAGCUCAUCUUCGUCCCCUGGAGCUGGCUUCUUCUCCUCCUGUUUUUGUUCUGUCGCUGGUGUCUCCCAGUGCCAGGGGUCUGGAAGCUUCUGCGCUCUCCCUUUCUGCAGCUGGGGAGGUGGGAAUGGAUCAGGAAAGGAGAGGGGUGGGCACCUUCGCUUUCAGUGCUGAGAAAAGCCUCAAGGCAAACUCCUGCAGUGGCACACGCAGAUACACCUUGGGAGGGUCUCUCUGAUCCCCUGCUUUCCUCCCCUCCCCAGAUGCCUCCUCAAGUUCCCUGGCUCUCCAGCUGGGAGUUGCUGUUUUCCCUGUGGCACAUCUCUGCAGCAGCACACGUUCCAGGGGGGAGUGUGGGGUUCUUGCUGGGAGGAUGGGGUGCCCCAGUGCUCGGGGAUGGCCCCAGCAGCGGAGGGUGAGGAGGGGGACACUCCUGAGGGACACUGCCAGGGCCAGAUGCCCUGGUGCUGCUGCUGGGCCUGGAAAGGCAGGAAAGCUGCAGGGCUGCCUUGGGAGUGCUGGGGCAGGGUGCAGCCCUCCAGGAGCCUGCUGCAGCGUUGGGAGACAGCCCUUUGUCCCUUUCAGCUUGUGCCAGAGAAAAUACCCCUGCUCCUCCCUGUGCUCUCAGUUGCCGAAUCUGGAGCUGCAAUCCUCACAAGCCACUUGUUUCCCUUUGAUCCCCGAGUCUCGCAGGCAGAGCUGGGGCAGAGAGGCUGAGCCUGGGGCUGCAGAGAGGAGGGGAAGGCACUGGGAGCUGCCCAUCUGGCUGGGUUUGCAGCAGCACAGGCCCCUGGCUUCCUCCUGGCUGGUGCCAGGUGGGGAUUGAGGAGUGGUUUGGGGAGCUGUGGACAGCACAGCUGGGCACAGGUGUGAGGAGCAGGAUGGGAGGGGGCUGUCCCUGAGCACCAGGCAGGAAGGGAGUUUGGAUGUGACCUGGAACCCCUUUACAGCUCUGCAGAGCUGAUUUUGGAGGGCUCUGAGCCAGGGGGAAUUUUAAAACCAGGCCUGGCUGAGCAGGUCCCCACUGCCUGCAGAGGGGGAGAAGAGCUUUUCCACUCACACCUGAAAAACCAGCUCAUACUCCAGCAGCUGAUGGAUUCCGAGGAAUCCAUUUCAAGGAGUGCUUGUGGCCAGCAGGAAAGCUUUUCUGGGGUCCCUGCCAUGUCUGCAGCUUCCUCUGACUGGGAGCCCACCCACUGUCAACCUGCUGGUUUUCAGACCCCUCCCCAUGUGCUUCUGCCACGUCCCUGACUCCUCCAGCCAUCUGGAGACUUGGACCCUCCUCUUGAGCUCGUUUCUGUGUUUUCCCCUUUUCCUCAGUCACUUCUAAAUCAGCCCUCGUGCCUCCUGCCCAUUGUUGUCCCUCUGUCCCCCCAUCAGCCUGGAGCUGGAACACUGCGGUGGCUGCUCCUUUCCGUGGGGAGAGCGUGGGAUGGAGGCUGCUGGGCCCGGGGCUGCCUGGAUGCCAAAAUCCUGAUCAGAAAGGCCCUGGAUGAAAGGAUGGAGUGUUCUGAGCUCUGUUCUGUGCCCAGGAGCCGCUGCCCAGGGUGAGCCAGCCGGGUGGAGAGGGGGAUGCCUUCCUUCAGCGCGAUUCCCUGGCGUGUCCGGCCCCGGGGCUGGAUCCUCCCUCAGCAAUAACCUGUGUUUUGUCCACGAGCUCUACAAGAAUUGCCAAAGCUGAGACUUGGGGGUGUCAGGGGGCCCCUGGACUUCCAAAACCCUUCUGUGAAAUUCCCUCUCGUUUGCUCCCGAUGCUUUUUACCAGAGCGGAGUUUGGAAUGAUGAGGCCGAGCCCCCGUCCCUCAUCCUUUGUUCCCUUCAUCUCUGCGGGGCGCUGGAUUUCUUUGUAAAUAUUUAAACUCUGCUUCUGUGGUUUCAUAAUCCCGACGGCAGGGAAAUAAACUGAUUUCUGUGGAUA